UCAUUAUUUUAAAAAAAUAAUAAUAAUAAUUGGCAGAUUUCUGAGGAAUAAAACACUUCAGGUCAUGCUGUUAUUGGAAAACAUUCAACUUUGGCAUGGUAUCUGUAACUCCACUUCAUCACACCACCCUGUCACUGAUUAUUUUCUUUUAACAGCAGGACAUUAAGGGCUUUAUUUCUUACAUUACACAUUAAUGCUAAAAUUCUCUGAAUGUAGGUUAAAUCUAAGCUUUAUAAUUACAAUUAUCAUCAUCAUAAUACUGUUAUAUGGCUGUUUUUGGACUCUGAAACAUUUGAAAGAAUGAAAUGCUGUUGGUAUUGUGUAUAGAUCACCCAAUAAGUGGUUAAAUAACAUCUUAUAUAUGUCAAGUGAUUUUUAACACGAAUAAAAAGGUCCAUUUUGUGUUUUCUAAAGUUGUUACUUUCCCGUUUGUAUUAUACAACGAGGUUUAGCACCGUUUCCAUGGUCACGCCCACUGUCGAGCGCCACAGCCAAUCAGAUGAGCCCGUUCUGUCUCGUCUGCCUCACGUGAUCAUUCCAACAUGGCUGCCUGCUCCACUUGUUCUAAAGCUGCACAAUAGCAACAUGUCAAUAUUUCAUUAUAUGGACUUUAUUUUUUAUUUUUGAUGAUUCGUUAAAUAAGAUGUGUUCACGUGCAAAAUCCAGAUGUUAAUGCUGUGAAGGAUAGACAGACAAACACUCAAAGAUGAAGCUCCGAGUACAACUGCAGUGCAAGAACCUUCAUGAAUACCUGAAGGAACUGAGUCCAGACAUCCUGGACAGACUGUACAACCACCCAGCUACAUGUCUCGCCGUUUACAGGGAGCUCCCGUCUCUGGCGAAGAACUAUGUGAUGCGAAUGCUGUUCCUAGAUCAUCCUCUCCCGCAGGCAGCCGUGGCAUUGUGGGUUAAAAUAGACAGCCAAAAGGAUCAUGACCAGUGUGUGUCUGUGCUGACUGGACUGAGACUGUGGCACAGCCAGCAGCUGCAGGGAGGCCUUCAGGGCAUCGUGCUCAACCCUGUGUUUAAGGAUAACCUGAGGAUUGCACUGCUCGGAGGUGGUAAGCCGUGGGCAGACGAGGGCAACAGUCUCGGCCCUGAUCGGCACGCGCGGGACGUAGAGAGCCUGGACCGUUAUGCCAUGGAGCGCUGGGAGGUUAUCCUGCACUUCAUGGUGGGCUCCCCGAGCGCCGCGGUCAGCCAGGACCUCGCUCAGCUCCUCACCCAGGCCGGCCUCAUGAAGAGUGAGGCCGGUGAAGCGCCAUGCAUCACUUCAGCUGGGUUUCAGUUUCUGCUACUCGACACCGCCUCUCAGCUGUGGUACUUCACCCUGCAGUACCUCAAAACAGUGCAGUCUAGAGGGAUGGACCUCGUGGAGAUUCUUUCCUUCCUGUUCCAGCUGAGUUUCUCCACCCUCGGCAGGGACUAUUCUGUCGAGGGCAUGAGCGAGUCUCUACUGAUGUUCCUGCAGCACUUACGAGAGUUCGGCCUGGUUUUCCAGAGAAAGAGGAAGUCGAGGAGAUACUACCCCACUAGACUCGCCAUAAGUCUGGCUGCAGGAGUCACUGCCAACCCUUCAUCCUCCUCCUCCUCCUCUACUGCUUUGAAUCCUUCCCCAGGAACAGGAGACUCUGGUUUCAUUGUGGUGGAAACCAACUAUCGCGUGUACGCUUAUACAAACUCGGAGCUGCAGAUCGCUCUGGUUGCUCUCUUCAGCGAGAUGCUGUAUCGGUUUCCUAACGUGGUUGUGGCGCAGGUCACUAGAGAAUCUGUACAGCAGGCUAUUGCUAACGGCAUCACAGCACAACAGAUCAUCCACUUCCUGAGGACCAGGGCACAUCCUGUUAUGCUUAAACAGACUCCGGCACUUCCUCCGACCAUCACAGACCAGAUCAGACUGUGGGAGCUUGAAAGAGAUCGGCUGCAGUUUACAGAAGGCGUAUUGUACAACCAGUUCCUGUCACAGGCUGAUUUUGAGGUGCUGCGCGAUAGAGCUCAGGGUUUGGGAGUGCUGGUGUGGCAGAACCCACAGCACAGGGUCAUGGUGGUGACCCCACAUGGACACAGCGAGGUUAAGAGGUUCUGGAAGAGACAGAAGAGUCACACGUAGGACGGAGUCCACAGACUCCACAGGGGUCAGACGCUGCCAUCGUGGCAAGGGAGGCCUUAACUGAACUGAAAUAUUAUACAUAUGCAUUUAACACGUUUCCUUUUUCCUUAAGGAAACCGAUGUUUUGUAUGGUUUGUAUAGUUGGAGUGAAAGAAUAAGAUAAUGGGAAAUAUUUGUACUAGAAUAAAAAGUUGUUGGAUCAUUUA